AAGACAAAAAUGCAGAGAAAGAUGAAAACUUUAGGAAUACCAACCUCUCCUAAAGGAGCCAGUUCUGGAAGUAUGGACCUAGUGACUUUAUUCAUAGUAAACCAGAUUGCUGCAAAGAAAGAAAACAAUGAUCAGCCAAAGAUAACUCACAUCACUGAUGAUAAAGGAGGACCCAAGUCGAUGAGGGAGGGGCCCCUGGAGUUACCCAUGAGCCCUUGCUCCCCAUCACGGCUUUCCCUUGUGGAGAGCCAGCCUUUGUACAGUAUCCAGGCUGCUAGAAAGAGAAAGCACUGCAUUCCUGAUCGAUUCAAGUGUAGACAGCUCUCACCAGUGCUGGAGUCGAACAUGUCAGACACCAGUACGUCAGACUACCAGCACCGCAUCCAGGACACCCUGAGCCCCUUCUGCUCGGCAUCAUCGUCAGUCUCCCCCUCAGGGGCAGGCCUGUUCUCCCUCCAGCAGAGAGCACAGGUCCAGCCACAGCUACACUGCUCCCCUAGACCCCCCUGGGAUACCUCCACCUCAGAGCAACUACAGUUUAGACCUUUCUCUCAGCCAGGAGGGAGGAGAGAGUGUUCCCCGUGGGCCACAGGACCAAGUGGACCCAAACAGCAGCUGAACAUGACCCCCCCUGUGUCCAGAGUACGGUUUGGAGGCACAGAGCCUGAUAGCACAGACACCAGAGACCAUGUCAUGCACGCAGUGGGGUUCUCUAUCAACCAAUCGGAGGGCAAAGACCACACCUUGGCGUUCUCUCUCAAAGAUCAGACACUGAAGUUCUCUCUCAACCAAAUAGAGAGUGAAGAGCAACACGAGAAAGCACUCUUCGGGGCCUGUAGUAAUGAGGAAUAUGGAAGUGAAGGUACUGUUUAAUCCCAGAUGGCACCCUAUGCCCUAUAUAGUGCACUACUUUUGGGCAGGGCCCAUAGGG